UUCAGGACAGCAAAAUAUCAUCAAGUAUCUGCUGACCAUGCCUGGUGCUCUCUGUGACUUAAGAAGCUUCGGACAACAACCAGCUGUUCCCAAUUUUCCUGGCCAGACAAUUCCGGAUCAGACGAUUCCGGGCCAGACAAUUCCAGGACAAACCGUUCCUGGUGUUGGUGGAAUUCCUGGUUUUCCAACUGCAGGAAUCCCCGGUGUAGGAGGAAUCCCCGGUGUAGGAGGAAUUCCCGGUCUAGGAGGAAUCCCUGGUUUGGGAGGAAUACCCGGUUUGGGAGGAAUCCCCGGUUUAGGAGGAAUCCCCGGUUUAGGGGGAAUUCCUGGUUUAGGAGGAAUCCCCGGUUUAGGACGUGCAGCAGCAUUGGCCAAUCCGAUAACGUACGCUCUAUUUGGAGACAUCGGAGAGGGUAGCCAAGGAAUGCUACUACUGAUGGCCCUGACGGGAGGAGAUACCCGCCAAAUGUCCAGAAUCUUAACUUGCAGACGACUUUUGAGGACCGGUUAAUUAAAACCAACUCUUCAUUGAUCAUCUUUCAAUAUCAAUUUACUGCUGUUCAUAUUAACAUACACAUCGAGAUCUUUCGCUUUGUUUUUAUUUUCUUGUACGCAAACUUACUUCAUUCGUCUUCACAGAAUGAGAUGAAAUAGGCUACCCAAAGAAAAGAGCGAAGCAAAAUUUCUCGAUUUUGUAUUUAAUCAGGUUGUAUCUAAACGUGUUUUCUAUAUUCGAAGUGGUUUCCUAUUUCUGUAUUUUAAGGAUAAUCCCUAUAUCAUAACAAUUUAUAUAUUCUCACUGUUGAUUGUUGUUGUUUUUUGGUUGUAUUUCGUUUUUGUAAAUAAAUAUCCUUCAUGUAAUU